AACACGUUAUUCUUCGCAUUCACAGGUUAAAUGAUUUUAUUGCAAAAUAAGUGUAUUUCUAACAAUUAAAGUGAUCUAUAGGUAGUGUCCACCCGUAGAAAGUGACCACCGUCAGUUUCAGAAUGUCGGACGACGAUGUAAUCCUCGUUGAAGACUCACCCCAGCGGAAAUCCAUCAGUUGCGACCAAAUCCCGGAGCUCUGGGUUUUGGACAAACUGAUCGCAAAAAAGCACUUCAGUCAGUUCGGUAAAAUCACCGGGUUCAUACUGCGACCGAAGCGGUUUUCCUGCACCGUAGAGUACGACAGUCCCGAAGCAGCGGAAGCUGCCCUGGUACGGGGUGGCCAAUUUCGCGAUGUUAAGUUCAACGUAUACUGGACGGAUGAAGCGCCAUCAACUGUCCUGGCCAGCAGGGAUGAAGGUUUCAUCGAUCCGGACGUACAGCAGGAGCUGGAUUCAAUGGGCGGGGGACCAACGGCUGCGCGUGUUCGGCAGUCCGCUAAGCAGUCAAUUGAAUCAUUUUUGAAGAAAACGGAACGUUUUCCGGCACCGCCGGUAGUGGCACCGCCGAAGCAAUUUCGAAUGCCUGCGCGGCCGGAAAUUCUCGUGGAUUCAAAGGUUGGCCAGGCUAGGGCGGAGUUUGAGUUGUUAGCGAAACAACCGGCUGCAACGGCUGAGGAAAGAUAUCGGAUGCUGGAAGCGAAAGAUAAAUAUCUGCGGCUGACAACCGAUCGGACAACGGAUAUCCGAAAAGCUCGCAGCACUCAGGGAACCUGUUGCGAUAUGUGUCCGGAGAAGGAACGCUACAUGAGGGAAUGCAAGCUACAGGUUGCUUCAUAUGAAGCCGGUGAAAGUUCGGCACAGAUGGACCACGGGAAGGCAAUCAAGCAGUAUUCGAGAAGUUCGGCAGAUCAGGAAGCACCUAUGCCGCACGAGUUGCGAUCGGAGGAAGGUUUAGAACUGACAAUGAGUUAUUUACUGCACCGAAUUGUGGAUGAUUGUGAAGAUGAAGAGGUUAAUCUGGGUGAUUGGUUUCAUUUCGUGUGGGAUCGGACUAGGAGUCUUCGGAAGGACAUUACCCAGCAGGAGUUGUGUUCGGUGAAAGCGGUGCGGCUGGUGGAGCAAUGCGCUCGGUUUCAUAUUCAUUGUGCUGCUCGGCUGGUCGCCGAAGAUCCUUCCGUGUUUGAUCAGCGGAUAAAUACGGAAAACAUGACCAAGUGCCUACAGUCGCUGAAGUAUAUGUAUAAUGAUUUGGGGUUGAAAGGAAUUCGUUGUCGGAAUGAGGCUGAGUUCCGAGCCUAUGUGGUGCUGCUUAACUUGAACGAUGGAAACUUUUUGUGGGAAAUUAAACAGCUUCCUGCGGAUAUUUUGCACUCGAAGCAGAUUCGAUUUGCUCUGGAGGUUUACUUUGCUUUGGAGAACAAUAAUUACAUUCGUUUCUUCCGGUUGGUUCGACAGACUACCUACAUGAACGCUUGCAUUUUACUACGCUAUUUCAACCAGAUUCGGACGCGGGCUCUUCAAACGAUGCUGAGAGCUUACACCUAUCGAAUGCCGGCUACUUUUUCUCUGGAUCACCUCGUGGAUUUGCUUGCUUUUGAGGACGCGGAUGCAGCUGCUUCCUUCUUGGAUUGCUACGGGUUGAGCGUGGAUCAAUCGCUGGGUACGGUUCUGAUGGAUCCAAAACAGUACGAACGCCCGGAGAUUCCCUUUCAACUGGAGCGAGCUUACAAUUUGGUCGAAAGCAAACGGGACUGUACCGUUGGAGAAGCCAUUUCCGGAGAACCACUGAACGACGAGUCCAGACUAGAUAGUCACCAGCUUGAGGAGAGUUUCGACGCAUCAGGCUUCCUACGACACGAUGUUCUAAGAAACAUUCUGAAGCAGAGUAAAACCGUCGAAACUGUUUCAACCACCGCUAGUAACGACGAUGACGCCAAAGUAUUCAAAGUCCCAUCACCAACAUCCAUCUCACCGAAACCGUUCUUUCCUAAACCGAUCGCAUCCAGCAACUUUUUCCAACCGUCCCGUUUCACGGCCAAAAUCGAAACCCAUUCUCCUGCUCCGAUUGCACAGUCUGUUUUCUCCAAGGACAGUCCUACGCCAACCCUGUCCGGUAUAACGCCACUACCGAAAACCUCGGAAACGCUGAAACCAGCAACAUUUGGCCAGAAUCUGUUCGGCAGUGUAGCAUUUUCGCAACCAUCCCGACCGACGAUGGCGUUCGGUGAAGGAUCUUCAAUUUUUGGUGGUCCAUCGGUGGCACUACCGAAACCAGAUCUACAGCUUCAGGACGAUCAACGGGCACAGAGAGAGGCGGACGAACAACGCCGUCGGAUGCAAAGAGAAGAGGAAAUGAGACAACUACAGAUACAAGCUGAGGAACUUCGUCAGAAACGGGAAGCGGAAGAGGAACGUAUGCGGCAGGAGUUGAUCGCACGAAAGGAAGCGGAGAUACGGCGACUCAAACAGCUGGAGGAGGAAAGUCGACGACAAAUGGAAGUGACGGUCAAUAAAAUGUCGGAAAAAUUCUACAACGAAUUGUUGAAGGAGAUCUGCGAAGAGGAUGUCACGAAGAUUGCGACCAGCUGCUAUCAACAAUAUCAUCUGUUGGAAAAGUAUCCGAGAGUUCUUCUGGAGGAACUGCAGGAAGAACUGUUAGCGGAAUUUUUACCCGAAGUGGUGCGGGAAGAAGUGCUAGUUAAGAAUUGCCAGGAAAAUCGGCAGCUCAAUAUAAUGCGAAAGUACUUUGGAAUGUGGCGCCGGAACGUCCAUAAUUUACUGGAUAACCGAAUGCAGAUCGAGAAUAGUCCAGCAUGGCUUCCGGAAAAGAUGCUUCACGAUCAGGCAAGAGAAUGCUACCAGGAGCAUCAGGUCCUAAGCCUAGCCAAUAUGAAACGGUAUGUGGGAGGAGCUCCGAAGGUCAUCCAAAUUCCGGAAUCGAAAGAAGAGAAGGUCGAUGUUUUCGAAAUCGUUCGGAGUGGAAUCAAAUCCACUAAUAGGCAGCAACUGAAGGGUCUAGUCAAGAAUCACAUCUACUGGAAGAUAUCACUAUCGAUACCCUUCAAACAAGAGGAAGAUUCGUCCGGGUUUUACUACUUCAUCAACAAAUGGCUGAAGAAUGUUUUCAAACGUACCACUACAGAUACAGGAAAUAGCUUCUUUUUGGAGAUGCAAGAAUCGCCGAAUGCUCGAGAGCGUUUGGUAGUUAGCAUGCGGCUUCUGAAAGGUGUUUCAAUUCUUGAUGAAUCCAACACAGCUAAUCCGAUUGCUCUAGACAACUCAAAUGGACUUCUAUUCUUUUUGAACUCAAACAACAUUCAGAAAUCCCGAGAGAGAUUGCACAAUCUUCUACGCAACGCCGACUACUGGGGUCCAAUUCCUCUCGCAGUAAUUGCCUACAAUUGGCACCUAAAUUCCGACCAAACCCUCGAAGAACUUCUCGGUCUUGACCUUCUGCUAGAGGAAGGUAAAAUCGAUGACUUCGAAUUUUUUCACCAUCAGGAACGGCAAAAAACUCCGCUUCGGAAAACCCUUCUCAAAGCGUUCGCAUUCCUUGCUUCCGGUUAUAGUUGCGACUACCCACUGGAAAUGCAGUCACAAACUGCCUUCAUCGGGACCUGUCUCGGUGACGAGCUGUGGCACCGAUUCCAACUUUCUUCCUACCAAAAUCCAAAACUCGACGAAGCUUGCCACGACAUAAACUUCGUACUAAACCUGUUCAACCAGGCAAUCGAUCGCACUAGCAACCUCGUACAGCAUAAUCUCUCGGUUUAUCCCGAUUUUCCAGCCGAAUUCAAGCCGUUUGUGUCCAAACGCCGCUUCGACAUCCCUCUGGAUUUGGAAUACUUCCCUAAGGACUGGCGCUCGUCGGAUCGUCAGCAAAAGCUGGUCACAUUUUUCCGGAAGCUUAAACUAAAGCCCAUCACAUUCAAUCCAGCAAACUGUCAAACCAUCAAAGACUUUCAAACCAACCUCCUGUCCUAUAUCCGCAGCUAUUCCGAACAGUCAAACGAAAAAUCUAACCGACGCUUGCUAGCCCUCCUUACUCAGCAACUGCUCCGAUCUCUCCCACUCAACACCUCGUUUCCACAAGCCAUCCCGUCACUCAACUGGCUACCUCUAAUCGCCAUCCUAGCCAACGAAUUGUUACGCUUCCGCUGGAGCGAAUCAAUCAUUCACCUACCCUGUGAAGUGAUCUACCACCGCGAGGAGUACGAAAGCUACACCCGAUCGCUUUGGUGGUUGCCGGAGUUGAAAAGGCUACCCCAGAAACGGAAAUCACUCUCCGAGCGGAAGGACAAGUGCGACGACGUAGUCGACGCAAACGUUGAUGAUAUCGAAAACGAAAGUGACAAUACAGUACCGUUCGCUAUCGGUUCGAUGCCGACCGCUAAAAGAAUGAAACUGAACAUCAGCUUGGCGAAGGAAGAUCUGGAGGAGAUUCUCGAUCGCGGUAGACGCUGUCUGCAGCGAGCCGACGAAAAGCUGACUCAGUGCCGGGAGUUUACCGGACAAACUAAGGAACUGGCGAAUGCGCUGGAUGGAAGGCUGUUCGAACAGGAACGGGCGUUUCGAGUGAACCGAUGGGCUUGGGAGGCAGAUUUUCGGUAACUAGCGAUAGUUUUUGUCUUUUUUGCAUAUUAAAAUAAUU